CCCUCACUUCACUGGCAAUUAACUUUAUUACCACCCUUAUUUAUUUAUUUAUUUUCCUUUACAAAAAAUGCACAACGAUGGAGAGAGGGAAAAAGUAGAGACACAGAGAUCAAAAGAGAUACAUAUAUGCCUUUUUGGUGGACAAGCUAGCGUGUUAUUAAGUAUUAUUAUUAUUAUUCUGUCUUGAUGACACCAAAUGAUUGAGAAAUAACAAGAGGGGAGUAGUAGUAGCAGUAGCUAAAUUUUAUGCAUUAGAAAACAAUAGCUAGCCAGAAGAUAAGUAGACAAGAAAGCAGGGAAAAAAUCAAACAAACUUUCAGCAGAAAGAUAUUCGGAUAUAUUUGAUUGGUUUUACUUUUGGUUCAGCAAUUAGUUCCAGAUUCGCAGAACAAUUAUGACGGCAGCUUCCUCAUCCACUCCAUUUUUGGGAAUCAGAGAAGAAAGCCCUCAGAUUACAACACACCAUCAACCCUCCACAGUUUCUCCAACCACAGCGCCUCAAAAGAAACGGAGGAAUCAACCUGGAACACCAUAUCCAGAUGCGGAGGUCAUAAAACUAUCUCCCAAGACCCUAAUGGCAACAAACAGGUUUAUAUGUGAGGUGUGCAAUAAAGGGUUCCAAAGGGAGCAAAACCUACAGCUUCACAGAAGAGGACACAACCUGCCUUGGAAGCUAAAGCAGAAGAGUACAACAAAAGAGCCAAAAAGAAAGGUUUAUCUGUGUCCCGAGCCCACCUGCGUCCAUCAUGAUCCUUCAAGGGCUUUGGGAGACCUCACUGGGAUCAAGAAGCACUACUAUCGCAAGCACGGCGAGAAGAAAUGGAAGUGUGAAAAGUGCUCAAAGAAAUAUGCUGUUCAAUCUGAUUGGAAAGCACAUUCUAAGACUUGUGGCACUAGAGAAUACAGAUGUGACUGUGGCACUCUCUUCUCUAGGCGUGACAGUUUCAUCACUCAUAGGGCCUUUUGUGAUGCGCUAGCACAAGAGAGUGCAAGAUUCCCGAGUGGCUUAAACUCUCUGGGGACUCAUUUGUUUGGCACAAACCACACGACUAGUUUAAGCCUAUCCCAAGUGGGUAACCAACUUUCACAAGUUCAAAAGCAGAACCAAACCGCCACUACUAACAGCAUUUUUCUCCUUGGCAACAAUGUUGGUGCAGCAGCAACAAAGUUUGAACACUUGAUUCCACCUCUAAACCAGUCUUCAUUUGGACACUCACCACAAUCAAUGCCUUCCUCAGCUUUCUUCAUGAAUAACAACACAAAUCAAUCAUUAUUUGAAGAACACCAUUCACAACAUGGACCAUUGUUCUCAACCAAGCAACUACAGGGCCUAAUGCAACUCCAAGAUCUCCAAGGCAACACAAACAACUCCGAUUCUUCUUCAGUUGCUGCUCCUAAUAAUUCCAAUCUUUUCAACCUAAGUUUCUUCCCAAGUAGCAAUAUUAGCACUGGCACCAUAAUCCCUGAUCAAUUCAACAACAUAAGUGGUGGUGACCAAGGAACAACAACAACAACAACACUCUAUGGCAAUUCAAUAGAAAACGUGUCAUCCCCUCAUGUUGGAUCGAGUUUUUCUUCUAUCUUUGGCAAUUCGAUGGAAAAUGUGUCGUCCCCUCAUAUGUCUGCCACUGCGUUGCUUCAACAAGCUGCUCAAAUGGGUUCAACCACAACCACAACCACCAACUGUUCUUCCUUACUCAGAGGAAUGUGUACUAACAAUGGUUGCAAAGCUGAAAAUGAUCACCACCACAAUCUUCAAGGGUUGAUGAACUCUAUUGCCAACGGAAACACGUCCUUGUUUGGGAGCAUGCAAGGGAACGAAAACAACCUUUGUGGGUUUCACAACGUGGAUGAGUCCAACAAUAAGUUGCCUCAGAAUCUUAGUGUAAACUUUGGAGGUUCUGAUAAGUUGACCUUAGACUUUUUGGGUGUUGGAGGAAUGAUGAGAAACAUGAGUAGUGGUGGAUUUUCACAAAGAGAACAACAACAACAUGACAUAGGUACUAUGAGUUCCUUGGACCAUGACCUAAAGUCAGCACAGCCAAAUCGUCACUUUGGAAAGUCAACGUUGCAAUAAGGAAACUCAAGAAAAUCCUUGUUACGUAUGUAUGAACUUGUUUAAAACUGUUCUUUGGCUUAUUUUGUUAUCUUUUCCCCAAAAGAACUCUAAUCGGUAUAUUAACUAUGAUUUCGAUUCUAAAAAUUGCAAUUCCUAUGUUUUUCUUGAGCA